UUCCUAUCACCCUCCGUUGACAUUUCACAUGCCGUUGCUCUUAUUCAAUAACACUCGAAUAUGAAACAUGACCGAGUCCUGAACAGAUUCAUUUCUACUUAACUCAGCGUGGUGUUUUUUUUUACUGAAGGGGUUGGCAGGCGGCACAGGGAGGAUGUCUCAGUUGCUGAGGCUUCUUUCGGCGGCCGCUCUGCCUCUCUGCCGGUCUGGAGGAGCCCGAGCUUACCUCUCUGCUGUGACCGGGGGACGGCUCUUCACAGCCGGAUACCGGAGCUCGGCUGCACGGAACACUGGUGUAACUCCCGCGAACUUCCUGUCCUGUCGUCAAUUCCCAUUAGCACAUCGGCGAUUAUAUUCCGCUGAACCCAAAGAUGGAGGAGGAGCAUCAGGAGGAGGAGGAGGAGGAGGAAGGUCUGGUAAAGGGAAAAGAGGAGGAGGAGGAGGGAAGGACUGGUGGAGCCGAAUGCAGAAGGGUGAUUUUCCCUGGGAUGAGAAGGAUUUCCGUUACUUGGCGAUCACUGUGGCUGGAAUCAGCUCAGCUUUACUCUAUUACUACUUCAGAGACAAUGGCAGAGAGAUCACCUGGAAGGACUUUGUCCAUCGCUUCCUGGGUCGAGGCAUGGUGGAGCGGUUGGAGGUUGUAAAUAAACAGUAUGUCAGAGUCAUUUUAAUCCCUGGAGCCGAUACUGACUCGAGCUAUGUUUGGUUUAACAUCGGUAGUGUCGACACAUUUGAGAGGAAUCUAGAGGGAGCUCAUGCUGCGCUUGGUCUGGAGCCGUCGCACCGACCUGCUGUGGUCUACAGCUCCGAAAGUGACGGUUCUUUUCUGAUCAGCAUGGUUCCCACCCUGCUGCUCACUGGCUUCCUGCUCUUCACUCUGCGGCGUGGACCAAUGGGAGGAGGCCCCGGUGGUGGGAGGGGUGGGCCCUUCAGCAUGAGCGAGUCGACAGCCAAGAUGAUGAAAGACAACAUCAAUGUCAAGUUCAAAGACGUGGCCGGCUGUGAGGAGGCUAAACUGGAGAUCCUGGAGUUUGUAAACUUCCUGAAGAACCCCCAGCAGUACCAGGACCUCGGAGCCAAAAUCCCCAAGGGUGCAGUGCUGUCCGGUCCUCCUGGGACAGGGAAGACACUGUUGGCCAAAGCCACAGCUGGAGAAGCCAACGUCCCCUUCAUCACUGUUAACGGCUCUGAGUUUCUGGAGAUGUUUGUAGGCGUCGGCCCUGCCAGGGUGAGGGACAUGUUUGCCAUGGCGAGGAAGAACGCCCCCUGUAUCCUCUUUAUCGAUGAGAUUGACGCUGUGGGAAGAAAGAGAGGAGGGGGGAACUUUGGUGGGCAGAGUGAACAGGAGAACACGCUGAACCAGCUGCUUGUGGAGAUGGAUGGUUUUAACACCGCUACUAACGUGGUAGUCUUGGCUGGAACAAAUAGACCAGACAUCCUGGAUCCUGCUCUGAUGAGACCGGGACGCUUCGAUAGACAGAUAUACAUAGGUCCUCCAGACAUUAAGGGCAGGGCGUCCAUCUUUAAAGUCCACCUUCGACCAAUUAAACUAGACCCCAGUCUGGACAAAGACGUUCUGGCCAGGAAGAUGGCUGCAGCCACGCCAGGUUUCACAGGGGCUGACAUCGCUAACGUGUGCAAUGAGGCGGCUCUUAUUGCUGCUCGACACCUGAAUCCCUCCGUCAACCCCAAACACUUUGAACAGGCCAUCGACCGGGUCAUCGGAGGUCUGGAGAAGAAAACCCAGGUCCUGCAGCCGACAGAGAAGAAGACUGUGGCGUAUCACGAAGCUGGUCAUGCCAUUGUGGGCUGGUUCCUUCAGCACGCCGACCCUCUGCUGAAGGUGUCAAUCAUCCCUCGGGGGAAGGGGCUGGGUUACGCUCAGUACCUGCCCAGAGAGCAGUACCUGUACAGCAGAGAGCAGCUGUUCGACAGGAUGUGCAUGAUGCUGGGCGGCCGCGUGGCGGAGCAGGUGUUCUUCGGCAGAAUCACCACCGGAGCUCAGGACGACCUGAAGAAGGUCACGCAGUCCGCCUACGCUCAGGUGGUGCAGUUUGGGAUGAGUGAGAAGGUGGGGCAGGUGUCCUUCGAUCUGCCCCGGCAGGGUGAGAUGGUCCUGGAGAAGCCGUACAGCGAAGCCACGGCCGAGAUGAUCGACACCGAAGUUCGAGAGCUGGUGGAUCGUGCCUACCAACGUACUCUGCAACUCAUCGAGGAGAAGAAGGAGCUGGUGGAGAUGGUGGGGAAGCGUCUGCUGGAGAAGGAGGUCCUGGACAAGGCGGACAUGUUGGAACUUCUGGGCCCUCGUCCAUUUGAGGAGAAGUCGACAUACGAGGAGUUCGUGGAGGGAACGGGGAGCUUCGAGGAGGACACGACUCUGCCAGAGGGCCUCAGAGACUGGAACCUGGAGGGAGAAGAUGACCCCGAGGAGACCCGGCAGACUCAGGGCAAACAGCAGGCUGUGUAGAAGCCAGGCUCUGGGACAGUCUGAACAGACCUGCUGCUGCACAGAACACUGGGUUUUACAGAACCUGGGAGACGCCGGAGAAAUGUUUCCACACAUUUGUAUUCACAGCUGCAGUGUAGUUGAGUCUAGUCGGCUCAGGUUAAUAAUUCAGCUGGAGCUUUAUCGUUUUGCUCCCGUUCGUCCUCUCUGGGCUGAAAGCUGCUUCACAGGGUACAAAAAACAAAAGGUAGGAUGAGACUGUUGUGCUUUAACUGGACUGUUUUUCCACAGGGCUUAUUCACACACGUUUCACACUUUUAUCAGUACUUUCUUGUUUCUUUUCUCCUUCUCUUCAUCUGAGCAUAUCUGUGAUCAGAUGGUAAUGGAGAAGAAAACAGCCCCCACCUUUUUUAAAAAAAUUUUUUUAAUUAAACUGAAUUUUGGGUUUGCCGUGCAGAAAGCAACAUGAGCUGUAGUUAUACUUGUAGUCUUAGCGCUCUAAAUCCAGGUAAAGGUUCUUUCACAGUUUAAUUCUUCUGUCGUCUACAGAUACACACUGAUCAGGCUCAUGACUCUACUCAUGUGGAAAAAUUGUCAGUUUUUUUACUCAUUAAUUUUGUACAAGACUGUUGGACAGCCGAAAAGAGCUCAGCACCAAAGCCCCCAUGUGUUAAUUAAGAGAAUAUUGUAACAGUUUCAACUAGUGUGGAGUCACAGAGCAGCCAUCUUGGAUAUGAAAGUGGGAAUAGAGAAGUGUUUAUGUAGCAUGAGCAAUACGAAAGUAAAACAA